GAGAUUGCUGAGAAGCGCGGAGCGAGCGCCGGAGCUCCUGUGCUGCCGCGGGUUUCCUUCCCUGGAGGCUCUCAGCUGAUCCCUGCAGGAAUGGCCCUGGGGCUCAGUGCUUCUCCACCAGCUGUGCUUCUGCUCCUGUCCCUGCUGGGUCUGGCUGCUGCUGGGAAGCUCCUGGUGGUGCCAGUGGACGGGAGCCACUGGCUCAGCAUGCGGGAAUUGCUGGACAUGCUCCAGCAGAAGGGACACGAGGUGGUCGUGGUGGCACCCGAAGUCUCCCUGCAGAUCAAACCAUCCAAGAGCUUUGUGAUGAAAACGUACCCAGUCCCCUUCACUCAGGAAGAGAUGGACAAAGUUUUCAAAGGGUCAGUAAUGGAUUUAUUUAAAGGAGGACCUUUUCUGGAAAGAGUCAUUAGACAGUACCAACAGGCAAAGAAGACAUCUGCUCUGUUCCUGGCCACCUGCACACACUUAAUCCACAACAAGGAGCUCAUCAGGUACCUUGAGGAGAGCAAGUUUGAUGCUGUCCUCACAGAUCCUGUCCUCCCCUGUGGGGCAAUAUUGGCCGAGUAUCUUUCCCUGCCUUCCGUGUAUUUCCUGCAGCAAAUUCCGUGUGGUUUGGAAUAUCAAGCCACCCAGUGCCCCAAUCCCCCUUCCUAUGUCCCCAGAGUAUUUACAGACCUUACAGACCGCAUGACCUUUCUCCAGCGGGUGAAGAACAUGCUCUAUGACAUCCCCAAUUUCUUCCUCUGCGACAUUGUCUUCCAACCUUAUGCAGAACUGGCUUCGGAGUUCCUGCAGCGGGAGGUGACCGUGCCGGAUCUCCUGCGCCAGGCUUCCAUUUGGCUCAUGAAAUACGACUUUGUUUUUGAGUAUCCGCGCCCCAUCAUGCCCAACAUGGUCUAUGUUGGAGGCAUCAACUGUCUGCAGAAGAAGCCACUCUCAAAGGAAUUUGAAGCCAUGGUGAACGCCUCUGGAGAGCACGGCAUCGUUGUCUUCUCGCUGGGCUCCAUGGUGUCCGAGAUUCCCAUGAAGAAAGCCAUGGAGAUCGCGGAGGGCUUGGGAACAGUCCCUCAGACGGUCUUCUGGCGCUACACAGGCAAGGCACCCCCCAACCUGCCCAAGAACGUGAAGCUCGUCAAGUGGCUGCCUCAGAACGACCUCCUGGCCCACCCCAAGACUCGUGCCUUCAUCACCCACGGAGGCUCCCACGGCGUUUAUGAGGGAAUCUGCAACGCUGUGCCCAUGGUGCUGAUGCCUCUCUUCGGGGACCAGAUGGACAACGCCAAGCGAGUGGAGUCCCGCGGAGCAGGGCUGACCCUCAACAUCCUGGAGAUGACUUCCACCGACAUCUCCAACGCCCUGAAAGCCGUGAUCAACGACAAAACGUACAAGGAGAACAUCCAGCGCCUCUCCGACCUGCACCUGGACAGACCCAUCCACCCUCUGGACCUGGCCGUGCACUGGGUGGAGUUUGUGAUGAGGCACAAGGGGGCCCCUCACCUGCGCCCCGCCGCCCACGACCUCAACUGGGUGCAGUACCACUCGCUGGACGUCAUCGCCUUCCUGGCCGCCGUCACCCUCCUCUUCCUCUUCAUCUCCUUCAAGUGCUGCCUCUGCUGCUGCCGCAGGUGCUGCGGCAAGAAGGGCAGGACGGGCAAGGCCACCAAAGCCAAGUCCCACUAGCACCUGGGGACGGUGGUGGUGACCGAGCUCCUGCUCCAAACACGGCAGCGGGGCCGGGGAACAGCUCGAAUUGCACUGCAAUGAAUCAAACACUGUGAUUUUCAGCCAAGGAAUGAUAGGGAUCCUUUGAAAUAGCAGCACGAGAUGGGCUGUUCCGCUGAUCUAAUUUUGGCUUUUUAAUUAAGAAUGGGUUGUUGAAAAUGCCUUGUGUAGGAGUGCUGCAGUCACUUGGGAAGGUCUGAGUGUGAAAUCCCCGGCCCCUGGCUUCCACCUGUCAGUGUGCAGAGGACUCAGUGACUUUUUCUUUCAACCUCUCCCUGCAGCAGAGAUAGGUAGGGAUUUUGGAGGACUUUAGGAGAACCAUCUGGUCAGACAGAUUCCUGUUUGAAAUCUCUGCGUGGCUGCUGUUGUAGGAGAGGCAAAUGUUGUACACUCGCAGUUCCUGUCACGCAGACAAAGAUCUAUGCACAUCCUCAUGGGUUUACAAGGCCCUGAACAAUAUCAAGCUGCUGGAAAAGCACUGGUGUUUCCCCCAAAUUGCCCAUCAGGCAGAUGUGCUGUAGCUGGAGCUCACCUGCUAGUGAGAAGAGUUUGUGAGCUUUGCUUAUAAACCCCCACAACUGAUUUGUUCUUUGUAGGUGAUGCUCAGGGAAAGACCCCCAACCCCCAGCCCUACAAAUAAACCCCAAAUACCAAAAAUAAA